AUGGCACCUGACACUGAUCGUUGUAAGCCCCUCUGGUACCCCCGCCUCCACAGCGAAGCUCUUUGUUUACUUCUCCUAGUUGAAUGACUGACACGGUGGCGGAGAAGCUAGCGCCUUGCUCACGUUCAUGACUGUUACCGCUACGAUGAGGCUGAUCAAAACUGCAUCGUUGGUCACUUGACCGACCACGCCUCCUGUGUUUUCCCUAACCCUGGCAGUGCAACGUCGAGCACUGAGAGCGAUCACGGAAGCGGACUUCAAGGGGGCAAAAGGUAUCUCCUUUCCCAACUUCUUGAUGGCAAAUGGAGUCGGCCAUCUUUCAUUUUCUUUACUUCCGAGUAAGUCGCAUCUCGAUUCUUGUCGAUGUUGA